GCUCCAUUUUCUUUUUCUGAAAAGAACGGAGAAUCUAAAAAUAAUCAAAGUAGAAUUCACCUUACGAUUGUGAUCUGAGUAGAGAUUUUCCGGGUUUGUAUAUGUUUGCAGACUUUAGCUGCUGUUUUCCAGGGUAAAAAUGUCGUCGAUGUAUAAGAUUCCUCCAGUGAUGCCGGAAGGUUUCGAUGUCAAACCUUUAGACAUAAUGUACUCUAUACCCAGUUAUCAUAACACCUCUAAAAUGGAAUCAAGUGCUGAGUGCAAUGGUGUCACUGAGGAUCUAAACGAUCCUGUGAAAAUGAUUGAAAAGAAACAGCAAAAUCUCAUAAAAUCGAUCAAAGACCUGGGAUCAACGUUGGAGGCUUUGCUGCAAGAGAUGGGAAAAUGUGGUGCUGAACCUAGUUCUUCGAAGAAGAGCAAAGUGGAGAAAUCUGCGUCUCCCCCGGAAACAGCAAAACCAAGCAGUAAGAAGGAUAAAGAUGCGAAAAAGGAGGCACGAAAAGCUGCAAAAAUGGAGGCAAAGAGUAAACUAGCAUCUGAUGCCCCUGCGGGGAAAGCUGUAGACAAGGAGUCAGCGAAACCGUGGAUUCUUCAUGAAGAGGAACGAGCAACUAUAACAGGGCAGUCUUUGACUGCUUGUUUACCAUCUGCGCUUACAGAAUUCCCUAUUGAAAAACUGGGAGAAGUCUCCAUCACUGCCACUGAGUUGGAUAGGCCAUGGUUAGAGGUUCUGUCCCACGUAGGCGAGAGAAGAAAUGUGGCAUUUAAAGGUCAAAUAUCCAACGCUUCUUCAAAUGCCUCUACAACUGUCAAUGUCUCCCUUGGAGACAAAUUCCUUCUCGAGGGUGGUGGGACCACCUUGACAUGCCGCAUCUCUGCUUGGAAGCUGUUAGGCUCUGCAUUGGGCUUAUUUUCGUUCAAACCCGAAUAUUCACUGCAUGCCAUACAUCAGCACAGAUGGCUUUCUAAAGUUGAUUCGAUAUUGGCCGGUAAGCUAGACAAAAAUGAGGCUAUCCGUGAGGCAAGCAAGUUCUUGUCGCAAUUUGACGCUUUUGGCUCGCAUUUCCGUUUUGGAGUUGCUGACCUAGUAGCUAAGUCUGUCCUAAGCGGGUCAUCACCUUUACCAAACAAUGUCGAACUGUGGUUCAAGAGAAUGGAAACCGUUGUUUGAGACCUUGGAUAUCAUCUCAAAUAAGUGUGUGAAUGAAUUUAAUAUUUUAGAGAAUGCUGUGACCAUGCUCCUAUUGUUUUGUUGCCUUUUUUGUUGAUUUAAUAGAUCAAUUGUCUCCACGAAAGAAGAAUGUUCUAUGCAUUGACGACUAUUUUUGUAAUUGUGUGCGUUUGCUCAUCGGAAUAAAUUGUUUCGGGA